AAAAACGUAGUGGCCGUAUCCAAGGGAACAGAGUCUAGUGAGAAAAGUAGAAAGAAGCUCAGGCCACAACUACGAGCCAGGCACAGCACGAGGAGCGGAAGAGGCUGCGCGAAGACGAGCCAAAAAGAGAGUCGCUCUUGCGACAGCUUUUAUCUCAUCGCCAUCGAAAAAGGAUUCAUCUCCGAGGCAAAUCUGUGAAUUCACAGCUGUCGCGCGUGUAGAGCCGACCCGCGCUAACGUCGCUUAGGCGGAGAGUGGCGCUUACGAGCAGGCCGAAAACAGCCCCAAAGCAAAUCACCCCCCGUCGAACCCAACCCACCUGAAAAGCAUCAACACUUUUUCCCCUCCUUCGAUCCUGUCUGCUUCUUCCACUCCCCGAUUUUCUCCUCCAUCUUUGGGCUUGCGUCCCCUGGGAACUUCCUUUUCCUACUAAGUCACAGAUAACCUAUCCCGUCUGCACGCAACAAGCAACCAUGGCGGAGCGUUACAUCCCAGAGCAUCGCCGGACUCAGUUCAAGGCUAAAAACCAGUUCAAGCCAGAUGAGCUCCGUCGUCGUCGUGAGGAGCAACAGGUUGAGAUCAGAAAGCAGAAGAGAGAAGAGAACCUUGCGAAGAGGAGAGGUAUUCAGACUAGUGAUGGAGGCAUCGGUGUUGGAGGUGGGAUGGUUGCCGCCACCGACAGCGAUGAUGAGGCGGGCACCAUAGAGAGCGAGCUUAAUGUCGAGCUCCCAGAGAUGGUUAAGGGAGUUUUCUCCGAUCAGAUUGAGCAGCAGAUCCAGGCGACUACAAAGUUCAGGAAGCUGUUGUCAAAGGAGCGCAACCCCCCGAUUGAGCGCGUCAUCGAGACUGGUGUCGUGAGCCGCUUCGUAGAGUUCCUCAGAUCUCCUCAUACCCUGGUACAGUUCGAAGCUGCCUGGGCUUUGACGAACAUUGCCUCCGGUUCCGCGCAGCAGACACAAGUUGUCAUUGAGGCUGGCGCCGUUCCGAUCUUUGUCGAGCUGCUGAAAAGCCCGGAACCUGACGUCCGGGAACAGGCCGUCUGGGCUCUUGGAAACAUCGCCGGUGACAGCCCCCAGUGCCGUGACUUUGUUCUGGGCGCUGGUGCUCUCCGUCCUUUGCUGGACUUGAUCAGCGAUGGUCGCAAGCUUAGCAUGCUGCGAAAUGCUACCUGGACGCUCAGCAACUUCUGCCGUGGCAAGACCCCUCAGCCUGACUGGAAUACUAUUGCCCCUGCCCUCCCCGUCCUUUCCAAGCUUGUGUACAUGCUUGAUGAUGAGGUCCUCAUCGAUGCAUGCUGGGCUAUUUCCUAUCUGUCCGAUGGCUCCAACGACAAGAUCCAAGCCGUCAUUGAAGCCGGAAUUCCCCGCCGUCUGGUUGAACUCCUCAUGCAUGCCUCUACCUCUGUCCAGACCCCAGCCCUUCGCUCCGUCGGUAACAUCGUGACCGGUGAUGAUGUUCAGACGCAAGUGAUUAUCAACUGCGGAGCUCUGCCCGCUCUGCUGUCUCUCCUUAGCUCUACUAAGGACGGUAUCCGGAAGGAGGCUUGCUGGACCAUAUCCAACAUUACCGCUGGUAACUCCGUCCAGAUCCAGGCAGUUAUUGACGCUGGCAUCAUCCCUCCUCUGAUCAACCUCCUGUCCAACGGAGACUUCAAGACCCGCAAGGAAGCUUGCUGGGCUAUCUCGAAUGCUACCUCUGGCGGUCUGCAGAAGCCCGACCAGAUCCGGUAUCUGGUCUCUCAGGGCUGCAUCAAGCCACUGUGUGAUCUCUUGGCUUGCCCCGACAACAAGAUCAUUCAGGUUGCCUUGGAUGGAUUGGAGAACAUCCUCAAGGUUGGAGAGAUGGAUAAGGAGGCUGCUCAGCCUGGAGAGCCAGCUGUGAACCGCUAUGCUCUCUUCAUCGAAGAGGCUGGUGGCAUGGAGAAGAUCCACGAUUGCCAGAACAACGCAAACGAAGAGAUCUACAUGAAGGCUUACAACAUCAUCGAGAAGUACUUCUCGGAUGAGGACGAGGCUGCUGGUGACAUUGAUGAGCUUGCUCCUCAGCAGACUCAGACCGGUUUCGCUCUUGGUACCAACCAGCAACAACCUGGUGGCUUCAACUUCGGCAACGCCGGUGAUUCCAUGGAUAUGUAAAGCUUGGGAUCCCUCUGAAAUGACCUAUAUUUCUUCCAGUUAGGGCCUGUGCAGUUACUGCCGGCCAGCGUGUUUGGCCUGGAGAUAC